AUGAGCUUCGUGGAUCCGUCGGCGUCCCUGCUGGCCACGUGCGGAGGGGACACUGUUAAGAUCUUCGAUGUUACGGUGGAUUCGGGCGAUCCGUGCGUGCUGAGCUACACUCCCUCCCCUGGAUCCCAAGUGAACUCCCUCAAAUGGAACCACACCAAUCUAGUGGUUGCCAGUGCUGGGGAUGAUAGGAAGAUCUCCCUGUGGCAUAAAAAUGGUCAAAGCAUGGGAGUGAUACCUCUUUCUGGGGGUGAUCUUGGUGAUGAUAUAGAAGAGGCUAUAGUUUCCAUCAGCUUUAGUAACAAAGGUUCUAGAUAUCUUUGUUCUGGUGGAAGUGGUCAUAUUGUCAGAAUAUGGGAUUUACAAAGAAAACGCUGCAUCAAAUGGCUGAGUGGUCACACUGAUACGAUCACUGGUGUUAUGUACAAUUGCAAAGAUGAGCAUUUGGCAUCCAUCAGUGUAAAGGGGGAUCUUAUUCUCCAUAAUCUUGCUUCUGGAGCACGGGCUGCUGAACUCAAGGACCCAAAUGGGCAGGUAUUAAGAGUGCUUGAUUAUUCUCGACUUAGUCGGCACAUUUUGGUGACAGCAGGUGAUGAUGGAUCUGUACAUUUAUGGGAUACAACUGGCCGCAGUCCAAAGGUUUCUUGGCUGAAACAGCAUUCUGCACCAACAACUGGCGUUUGCUUCUCACCAUCAAGCGACAAGAUAAUUGCUAGUGUCGGUCUAGAUAAAAAGUUGUAUACGUAUGAUUGUGGGACAAGAAGGUCCACAUCAUGCACUCAUUAUGAGGCACCCUUCUCAUCGCUGGCAUAUCAUGAUGAUGGCAAUGUACUGGCUGCUGGAACAAACAAUGGACGUGUAGUGUUCUAUGAUGUUCGGGGAAAACCUCAACCUUUUACUGUUCUUCGUGCGUAUAAUAGUUCUGAGGCAGUUACAAGUUUGUGCUGGCAAAGAUCAAAGCCUGUCAUUGUAAAUGAGAAUAGUUGCACUGCUGAAGUUGCUCUUCUUGGGGGUACCAGUGAGGACUCUGUUCUUAUGCCAGAUCCCCUGCCUUCUAUGGCAGCAUUGAGUUUCCCUUCUGCAACGAUGCCUAGCUUUCGCUCUUCUUUGACAGCAAGCACUAAUGGGUCAAUAUCAGCAACACCUGCUGUAGAGGAAACUCCACAGCGGAGUCGACUUUGGUCAAGUGGAUCUUUGCCAAAGCUACAUGCACCUCGGUCUAGUUAUAACUUAAAGGAUGAUGAUAUGGAUGUAUUUUCUCCGCUUGUGGAUGUUCAGCCAAUUACACCUUCUCUUGGCAAUUGGUGGGAUGACCGUGAUGAAGCAACAAAGGAUAACAUGCCCAAUGACAAGAAAUCUGCAGUGUUUCCUUCUUCACUUAGGAGAUUUCCCUUUACUGAAGGCAGCACUGAUUCUCAUCCAAUAUCAGAUUGGAGAUCAAAUUCAACAUCCAAACAGGACAGUUCUUCUGUUAUAUCAUCAGCUGCCACACAAGUUGCCUCUUCAAAGGGUGAAACAUCAUCUUUCUCUUCAACUCCUGAAGCCUGGGGUGGAAAUGCGUUGCUGGACAAAUUAACUCACCGCCAGCCAAUUUCACUGUCACGCUUUGUGCCUUCUGUGUCAUUAGCCACUGGACCAAUAUUUGCAGGCUUGCAAGAUUCAUCUUCAUCGUCCAGUCACUCCAAGAACUCUGCAACAAUUUCUAGCACAAGUUUUACAAAUAUGCAGAAUAAACUUGCCUUAAACCAUGCAAAUUCUUCAGUAAUCAUGGAAUCCUCAUCUGCUUACCAUCUUAGCUCUGUUUCCACAUCGUUAGGGACUAAAAUGAUGCCAUCAUCAUCAUCAUCUAAUCUUGAGUUGCCAGGAACGUCGCUAUCAACUUUCCCUCGGAGGUAUUCCACAUAUGCUGAGAGAAUAAGCACCACCUCUUCCUUCAGUGAGGGAAUAGCUUCAGCAGUGGGUUCACCAAAAUCAAAGAAAACAGGAGCAGAAACUAGAGAAGAAUUGCUAAAUAGCCUGCUAUCGGGGCAAGAAGCAUCAAAUGCCUCGGGGACCGGGAGCCUUCCUGCAAUCAAUGGAGUGUCAUCUCAAUCUAUGCGAGCAUUAGGUCAGCCAACAGAUCAACAAGGAACUUCUUCAUUUUCACUUCAGCUAGUCCAGCACACUCUUGAAGAGACUUUGGGAUCUCUGCAGAAGUCGAUCCAUGAAGAUGUGAGGAAUCUUCACAUUGAGCUGCUAAGACAAUUCCAUAUGCAGGAGACCGCAAUGGUGGGCUUGCUAACCUCAAUCCUAGAAAAGCAAGAUGAGUUGAUGAAAGAAGUACAGUCGCUGCGAAGGGAAAACCAACAGCUCCGCCAGUUACUUUGAAGUGUCACCAGGGAUUUCGAGCAAAUUAUAAUCCUUUUUUGGGGUGUUUUCUGCUUUCAGAAUAAUCAAAAUUUGUAGUGUGCAAAUAGUUUGUGAUAAUUGGAUUUUUACAUAGCAGCCGAUCAACGUGUAAGCAGGCCUAGGACUAGAGGAUCGUCUGAAGUAUUGGUAGAUUCGGUUCUGUUGAUGUAUGUGCUACGUUUAUGAGAAAAGGGCAAAAUAGAGCCGAUAAUUUAGAAAAUCCAGGUGAGAUUUUGUCACCAGAAAUUGUGUGCUACUGUGCAGGCAUCAUAGAUUUCAGUUUUGUCAUUUAAUAUAUGUACAUAGUUGAACUCACACAAGUGCAGGAGAUUGAUCAUUUUAUGUA